AUGAAUACAACCUUUGUUUGGUCAACAACCGAAAAAGGUGAAAAGGCUAUUCUAUAUAAUAGUUACCUUUAUCGAUUAAAAUGUGAAAAUCAGAAUGGUUCAUUAAUCUCUAUUUGUACUUUCAAAUGGUGUUCUCGUAUCAUUACUUUAAAAAAUGAUGCAAUUAUAAAAACAAAUGGUGAAAAUUAUAACCAUGAUCUAAAAUUGCCUGAAAAAGUUCGCACCAUGCUUUGUGGAUUAAAAUAUCGAAGAUUAACUGAUGUAGAUGAACCUGUUACAAAACUUUAUGAAGACGAAGUGAAACGAUUUCGUAGUGAAAACAGUACAGCUGGUCCAGUUCCAGUCUUCGACGAACCAUAUAAAGUUAUAGCAUUUGGUUCAGAACAAGCAUUAAAUUUAUUAAGUAUCAAUCCACAUUGGAAUGAUGAUGGAACAUUUCGGACAUCACCUGCAUUAUUUAGUCAAUCAUACUACUUACAUAUAUGGGAUGAAUUUAGUAUGAAAACAAUAGUUUAUUCAUGUUGUCAAGAUAAAUCAGAAGAAUGCUAUCAUGAAUUACUUAAAUUAUUACUUACAUAUGCAACAACAAAAAAAAUAUUAUAUUAA